UAAUUUUGCAGAAUAAGAUCAAAUCAAAGAUGAAUAAGAUGAAUAACCGCCUAAAAUCGAAAACGCAACGCAAUUAAAAACUAAUGCGCAUUUAAAAUAUCGUAAAUAGAUUAGUUGAUGCUUUUUGUACGAUGCUGUAUUUGUGCAUAUUUAAAUAUUGAUGUGUUGUGUAGGUAGCGCAUGAGCGCAAACAUUCGUAACCGAUCUCGUAGAUUGAAAUCCUGUUUUCUUUGUUUUUUAGUUACGGUUUUGUUAAAUAAGGUGUGUACGAAAAACAGUGUGUAAAAGCGAAUGUGCGGCGACAAGAUGUGGGAAGACGAAAACGGUGAGAAGAGCGGGCUCGACUCGCCUCAGUACGACCUGGUGUUCAACGAGCUCAUGCAGGAGUGCAAGCACAGCGCGCCGGGAGCGCGCCUCUCUGCCAAAGUGCGGACCACGCUCGAGAGGCUGCGGCCGGAGGAGCGGCGCGCGCUGGUGAGCCGCACGCGCGACGGCUGCGCGCCGCUGUUCGUGGCGUGCCGGCGCGGCAACGCCGAGCUGGUGGAGUACCUGGUGCACGUGUGCGCCGCCGACCUGGAGCAGCGCGGCGUGUACGAGGUGCCCGACGACCGCUCCACGCACUCCGUCACGCCGCUGUGGUGCGCCGCCGUCGCCGGCCGCCUCGAGGUGCUGCGCGUGCUGGCGGACGCGGGCGCCGACCUGAACGCCGGCUCGGACUCGGGCUCGACGCCCGUGCGCUCGGCCUGCUUCAUGACGCACAUCGACGUGGUGGAGUUCCUCGUGGCGCGCGGCGCCGACAUCCACCGGCCCAACCACAACGGCGGCACGUGCCUCAUCAACUCGGUGCAGUCGGCGCGGCUGUGCGCGCUGCUGCUGGCGCGCGGCGCCGCCGUGGACGCGCGCGACAUGCAGCACAAGACGGCGCUGCACUACGCCAUCCAGGAGCACCGGCUGGAGACGGCGGCGCUGCUGCUGCGGCACGGCGCGUCGCCGCACGUGGCGUCGCGCGCGGGCGACGACGCGCUGCGCACGGCCUGCCUCAAGGGCGCCGAGCCCAUCGUGGCGCUGCUGCUGGGCGCCGCCGGCUACAGCGCCUCGCGCCGCGCCGACGCCCUAGAGCUGCUCGGCGCCACGCAGCUCGACGAGUUCAACGACGUGGCCGCCGCGCUGCACUCCUGGCGCAAGGCCACCGCGAUCCGGCACGCGGCGGACGGGUACAUCGAGAAGGAGUGCGGCGGCGACGGCGAGGCGGACGCGGAGCUGCUGGCGGCGGGCCGCGCGGCGCUGGGCGGGGCCACCGAGUGGCGCUCGCCCGCAGACCUCGACCUGCUCGCCACCGACAUGGACGCGCUGCGCACGCAGGCGCUGCUGGUGGCGGCGCGCGUGCUGGGCCCGGCGCACAAGGACACGGUGUUCCGGCUGAUGUCGCGCGGCGCCUCGUACGCCGACGCGUUCCGCUACCAGCGCUGCGUGGAGCUGUGGACGUGGGCGCUGCGCAUCCGCGUGGCGCGCGACUCGCUGCUGCACGCCGACACGUGCCACACGGCGGCCGCGCUCACGCGCCUGCUGCUGGACGCGGCGGCCGGCCGCCUGGAGCGCGCCCCGCAGCCGCCGCUGCUGCCGCGCUUCGCCGACCUGCUGCGCGUGCUCGAGCUGCUCGCCGCCCCGCUGCCCGAGUGCCGCGAGGCGCUGUCGGCGCGGCCCGUGCACAAGAAGCAGGCGGAGACGUUCGACCGCGCGCUGCGCUGCGUCACGCACCUGCUGCACCUGCUGCUCGGCGCCGCGCGCUCCGAGUUGGAGCGCGACGCGCUGGAGGCGGCCGCGCGGCGCCUGGUGGCGGCCGACGUGCGCAGCGCGCACACGGGCGACACGCUGCUGCACCUGGCCGUGUCGCGCCUCAACGUGGUGCGCUCCACGUACUUCGCGGACGAGCCCGCCGCGCCCGUGUUCCCCAGCGUGCCCGUGGCCGCGCUGCUGCUGCGCGCCGGCGCCGCGCCGCGCGUGCGCAACCGCGCGCGCUCCACGCCGCUGCACGUGGCCGCCAUCCCGUACAACUUCUCCACCGAGCUGGCGGAGUGCCUGCUGGCGGGCGGCGCGCACCUCGACCAGCCCAACAAGUUCGGCGACUCGGCGCUCGAGCUGGUGGCGCUGAACCGCGGCUCGCGCGUGCGCCCGCUGCGCCACACCACGCUGGCGUGCCUGGCCGCGCGCGCGCUGCUGGCCAGCUGCCCGCCCGCGCGCCUGGCCCACGUGCGCGCCGCGCUGCCGCGCACGCUGCACGACUUCCUCGACCUGCACCGGCCCUAGGCCCCGCACCGCACCGCACCGCAGCGGCACCGCUCCGACCCGACCCGGCCCGCGCCAUACGUUGCAACACUACCAUUGUAUUCCGCCUAAUAAUUCCAAAAUUUAAAUCGCGUGCUCGAAGACGUCGUCGGUUGGAGAGUU